UCUCUACGUCCUUGUUUGAAAAACAACAAGCACUUAAAAAGUUGGCUCGUAAAUAACAAUGCAUCUGGUAGGAUCAUCGCACCUGGGAAACGAGGCCCAUCCCCUUACAUCUCAAUUUCUAAGUGUCUUAAACAUGUUAUACAUGUUGUUCAACUUGUUAUCUAUGAAAAUUGGCAACACUCCAGUUUCAACAAAAAUUGGAAUGCGUUCAAGUUGGCACGCAUCUUGGAGGUGGGUCUGGGGUGUGCCUUGCGGCUUGUUUAAUAUAAAAAGCGUUCGUUUGAAAUAGCUCAUCUGAACUUUUACUUCAGUAUCCUCUCUAAAGACAACAAUGAGUCUCACCGCUAAGGACAAGGCAGUGGUCAGGGCCUUCUGGGCCAAGGUGUCCGGCAAGGCUGAGGACAUCGGAUGCGAUGCUCUUUCUAGAAUGCUGGUGGUUUACCCCCAAACCAAGACAUAUUUCUCCCACUGGCCGGACCUGAGCCCCGGUUCUUCUCGGGUUAGGAAGCAUGGUAAGACUGUCAUGGGAGGCGUCGGUGAAGCCGUGGCCAAGAUCGACGACCUCACCGCAGGUCUCCUCACCCUCAGCGAGCUGCACGCCUUCCAGCUGCGUAUAGAUCCAGCCAACUUCAAGAUUCUGUCCCACAACAUAUUGGUGGUGCUGGGCAUUUUGUUCCCCGCUGACUUCACCCCAGAGGUUCAUGUGUCCGUGGACAAGUUCCUGGCCGCCCUGGCCCUGGCUCUGGCCGAAAAGUACAGAUAAACUGUGGGCCCCCUAUAAGCUGUGAGCAGAGAAGGCAUCAUCAGACCAGACAUAUGGCAACAUGUGCUCAACGCGCUGUCUUGUUCUAAAUGAAUAAAUGUUCAAACGCACAUAAUUACGUUAUCUGGUCUUU